AUAUAUAUUUACUUAAAUAUAGUAUGGAAUACAAUCAAUGUUGUAAUAUAAAUAUAUGAAAUGAAAAUAUGUAUUUAUGCAUGUCCGGAUCAGCGAAUGUAUAAAAAUGUGACCGGUGUUCAGCAGUCGGGGGCGGGGCCACUUGCUAUUCACGUCUACGGUCGGGCCUUCUUCUGUUGGCUCUGUUAGCAUUAGCUCGCUAACGUUCACAUUGGCUUUAGACGGUUAAGUAACUAAGGCUAGUGUGGGGUUAAGUUUGGGGGGGUCGUGUUCACAUUGAUAUUGAUACUAUAUUCAGUUGGCAAUUUAUUUGUAACAACAACAUACAACACUAAACACUUCCUCAUUCUCUUAUUCUAGCCUUUUUUCCUCCAAACGCGUGCUCUAACCAGCAUGCUGAACCAGACUGCCCCCUAUCGCUUACAUAUGAAACAGCAGCUUGGAACAGUAUAGCCCUAUUGUUGUUGUUGUUGUUGUUAAUUUUUUCCUUUCAGGUUCAUUGGUGGAUUUAUGAAAAAAACAUCGGUCAAUUUAUUCCUAAUUAUUAUUUUAAUUUUAAUUUUAUUUAAUUAUUUAAAAUUGUGCCUGUGUGGAGUUUGCAUGUUUUCCCCAUGCAUGGGUUUUCUCCGGGUACUCCGGUUAUUCCUACAUUCCAAAAAGUUCGACGAGAGGGCAACAGCGGCGCCUACUUUGCCGGCAUGUUCCGUGUGGCCAACGUGGAGUUCAUCCCAGAGUACCGCCAGGCUGAAUCCCACGAGUUCGUCUCCAUGGCAACCAAGAUCCAGCAUGUGGUAUGUGUGGUGCGGCGGGUGUGGCGUGGCCGAUGUCCACCCUGGUGGUUGUUGUUGUUGUUGUCGUUGCAGGUGAGCAGCGUGUACAAGACGUCCUCGGUGGCUCGCCUGUACAAGCACGCCACCAUUUCCGACCUCACGACCAACAAUGAAGGAGGCGUCCUGGUGCACUUCUGGAUGGUCUUUGUGGUUCCGCAUCUCAAGAGCGCGGCGGCGGUGUGCGAGGAAUGUGUGGGGGUCAUCCUCAAGGACUCGGUGCACAGCAGCCUGAAGAACCGAUCCUCUGUGGGCUUCCUGCUGGGCCUGCCUGUGGACGUAGACUCCAUCCUCAUCAACGCGGUUCUACGCUCAGAUUAUACGUCCAACGCUGCAGGUUCUCAGUGUAUCGACAAACUGUACGCCAACCUUCCUGGAGCUAGCGUCCCUCUCAACGUCUUCUCGUCGUGGGGGGGCGUGCGAUGCCACGUCAAGCUCACCGCCGUCGCCGGUUUUCUCAUCCGUCUGACCGUCCACUCGCUGGAGAUCGAGGCCAGCGACUGCGUCAACGACGCCCUGACGGUGUACGAUGCCCUGCUGCCCAUGAGGGGGCGCAUCCUACACAGGAUGUGUGAGCCGGUGUCCGGCGCCGUCUCCAUGGUGUCCACGUCCAACGUCAUGCUGCUGUCCUUCACCAUGACCAACGGACCCAAGAGCUUCAGGGGGCACUUUGAGGCCGUCCCACAGGAGGUCUGCACGUCUCACAUUGAGACCACGUCGGAACCCCACACGACGGGUCGCAUCUCCAGCCCCUUCCACCCCAGCCUCAUGCCCCCCCACUGCUCUUGCACCUGGACCUUUAAGACGCCGGACUCCUCUUUGGGCGUCGCCCUGCACUUCCACGGCUACGUGCUGAAACCGAAAGACUUGAAAGGCUGCGAGCACGGCUGGUGGCGCAUCAAGGAGGCCAUUUUCUGCGGCAGCUACGUGGGACACCAGACCGUCUUUCGCAUCGCCGAGCGCAGUGCGGAGGUGGAGUUCCGCUGCACCUCCCGCACCUCCUCGCAGCCCUUCCAGGCGUCGUACGGCAGCUACAACAUCAGCCAACCCUGUCCUGAGAGUCACUUCCUGUGCUCCACCGGACUCUGCGUGGAGAAAAGCCGCCGUUGUGACGGGCUGGACGACUGCCAGGAUGAGAGCGACGAGGUCUUCUGUUCCAGGCCUGCAAAGAACUGUGGAGGUCUUCUGCAUCCUCUGUUUGUGUGCAACGGGGAGACGGACUGCAUCAGUGGAUCGGAUGAAAGCAACUGCACUCAGGAAACAAGCUGCUCAGCCAUCAGGUAUCAGUGCCACAGCGGCUCCUGCAUCGGCAAGAAGAACGCCAGGUGUGACGACGUGGUUGACUGUCAGGACGGCAGCGAUGAGGACGACUGCGAUUGCGGGCGCCCCUCCCCUGGGUCCCACCGUGUUGUGGGUGGAGUCAACUCAGAGGAAGGGGAGUGGCCUUGGCAGGUCAGCCUCCUCUUCUCAGGCCACCUGUUCUGCGGCGCCUCCGUCCUCUCCUCCGAUUGGCUGAUCUCAGCGGCCCACUGCUUCAGCAAAGAGAGGCUGUCCGACCCACGCCGCUGGAGGGCCCACCUGGGGAUGCUGACGCAGGGCGGCGCCAAACACGUGGCCGAGGUGCAGCGCAUCGUCGUGCACGAGUACUACGACGCCUACACUUUCGACUACGACAUCGCCCUGCUCAGGCUGAAGAGGGCGUGGCCUCCCUCCAUCGCCUCGCUGGUGCAGCCCGUAUGUCUGCCCGCCCCCUCUCACGCCGUCACCGCCAGGCACCACUGCUGGGUCACGGGCUGGGGGUACCGCUCGGAGGAAGACAAGGUGCUGCCCUCCGUGCUGCAGAAGGCUGAGGUGUCCGUCAUGAGCCAGACUGACUGUAAGAAGAGUUACGGACCAGUGUCCCCCCGCAUGCUAUGUGCCGGGGUCGCGUCCGGUGAGCGGGACGCCUGCAGGGGGGAUUCGGGAGGUCCUUUAUCCUGCCAGGCGCCAGGCGGGGGACGCUGGUUCCUGAUUGGCAUUGUCAGCUGGGGGGCGGGCUGCGGGCGACCCAACCUCCCGGGGGUCUACACCAGGGUCAGCAAGUUCACCUCCUGGAUCUACAGCCACAUUGACGCUAAACCACCAUAAAUCCUUGCCGGCAUUUUGGAGCGUAACGGCGUGGAAAUGACAUCACUGUUGUUCUCAGGUGCUAUGUUUGUUCAAUAAAGCAAAGUUUGAACUGUA